UUUUGGUCCCGUGGUUUUUUACUCUUCACACUAAAGGGUUUUCCACGUAAAUCUUGUGUCUCGUGUGAUUGUCUUUAUUCUUGUCUUGUUUCAUUUGGUUGAUUUGUUUGAUGUAUAUUACUCUAUUUUGCUUGUAUUUAUUUGUCUCCUCUUGGUUCAAGUUGAAAGGGAAAGUUUAGUCUUGGAUAUUUUUCGCUGUUACCCUGUCGAGUUGUUACCCCGUCGGACUCUUUGGUUGUGUGCCCGUCUUUCCAAACAGUAACCAUAUGCUUCUUUGUACUUUUGAGCAUUAAUGCGUUAGAUCAAAGUAUUGUGGUGAAGGAUCCGCCUUGGUUAUAUAUUGACGCUCGGGACAACUACUCAUGUUUGGAGAUCCCAAAAUUGUUAACAAAACAUUUAAACAUGAAUCAUUUAACUUCCUCUUCUACGAGAAAAGAGGAAAGGAAAGCUGAAAGCACAAUAGAGUAGAUCGAGAAGCACUCAUAAAGACUUUGAAUAAGCAGACAUAAGGAUAGUGCAAGGCCCUCUUAAUUUUUAUCACAGCAACAAUUGCAUAUGAUUACCACUAAAUGAUAAUGAAAAAACUACUUUCCAAUUGUUCUGUUUUUUCAGUACUACUUAACACAGGUGACAAAGUCACAACUCAUUUAAGUAUCCUAACUACACAGACUCUUGGUCUCUUAGUUACUGUGUAAUGUUAGUUCUGCUCCGAUUGUUCUUUGAUCCCUAGUACAACAAAGUGAGUGGAAAGAACACAGAACAACUCGAGCAGAAUUGUUAUAACCACACAAACUACAGACACCUAGAGAAUUGGCAAAUUUGUAGACUGCCUCCAAAAGGGUGUCAAAAACAAAACACAGAAAGCAGGCAGAUUAAUACAGGCGAGGAAUAUGUGCAUCGUACUAUAUCUGAAUCACUCGUGGCUUCUCCACUACUUAGUGUUAUGGAAGAUACAGUUUCCACAAAGAGAAAAAAACUUUUAACUUUAGGUUAGUACAUGCUGUUAACAUUGUCUAUUGCUUUUAGCAUACCAAAUCGUUGCUAUUUUCCUAGAUAUUAAAAUUUUCUAAAAUAGAACUAUCUGUAACAUCAAUUUGCAGCUAUCAAACGAAUUCAAGAAUCUACAACUAUCUUUCUAGUAUAAGUUAUAUCAUUUUCAUGCUGCACAUCUCAGAAACUUUUCUUCAACUAAUACAAUCCUACCAACACAAAUCAAACUGAACAGCAAAAAUCUGUACAGGAUAGAAAUUUUGGUUAUAACUUUCAAAGUACAACAUAAAACUUGUACUUCAUGCUAAAUAAACUUGGGAACUAUGCAACCAGGUCAAACCGUUUAAGCAGAAAUUGGGAAAUUAUUAACAAAUCUAACGCAUAUUUGUUAGUAUGAGUUGAACUAAUAUCCCAUUCCAAUACACUAGACUUCAUUUGAGUAAAAGUUGGUACGCUUGUCAUUUGGAGAUCCUAAGAUAUCAGUUAAGUCAACGGUAUAGGCAAACAAUACAAAGAAGUAAAGCCAAAAAGAUCAAGAGUGUCAACAACUUUGAUCAAAAUAUUACUCCAUAUCUGCGUUAAAAAAUUCAUUAAAAUCAAAAUUCUGAAUCGGUCUCUCCACGAAGAAAUAAUAUUUUAUUUCAAAACGAGAGCUGAGGUGUCUUGUUCCAACGAAUUUUUUAAGAAGUAUAGAGGUCUAUUAGUUCUAUACAGAGUGACUGGAGCAGUGACGUGAUUUUCUUACCUGCAACGCCAUGGCUUCCGUAGUCAAAACUUCAUAUAUAUAUGUAUAUUCCAGCAAUAUUCAGUGUAUAUCCACAAAAUCCCGUUACCUUUUCCCCCUUUUACCUUACCAAUUUCUGUGCUUUUCUUCUUGAGUACUCAUGGCAGCAGAAAACUUCCCACUCCAAGAUCGGGUAGCCAUCGUUACCGGCUCUUCGCGAGGAAUCGGCAAAGCAAUUGCCCUUCACUUAGCCUCCCUUGGAGCUAAACUCGUCAUCAACUACUCCUCCAAUUCAGCUCAAGCCGACGAAGUCGUAUCCCAAAUCAACUCCACCUCCGAUCACCCACGCGCCAUCGCCGUCAAAGCCAAUAUCUCCGAUCCAGAUCAAGUCAAAUCCCUCUUCGACGCAGCAGAAUCAACCUUCCAAUCUCCCGUCAACAUACUCGUCAACUCCGCAGGCGUAAUGGACGCGAAAUACCCGUCAAUCCUCAACACAUCCCUCGAGGAUUUCGACAGAACUUUCGAUAUAAACACACGUGGAUCCUUCAUCUGCUGCAAAGAAGGUGCUGCUAGAAUCAAACAAGGCGGAGGAGGGAGGAUCAUAUGCUUAUCGACAUCAUUAGCAGCUGCAUUUAGGCCUGGGUACGGAGCGUACAUUGCUUCAAAAGCAGCCGUAGAAGCAAUGGUGAAAAUACUAGCGAAGGAACUUAAAGGAACAGGGAUAACCGCCAACUGUGUGGCGCCGGGACCUAUAGCGACGGAAUUGUUCUACGAAGGGAAAACGGAGGAGGUGAUAAAUAGAGUGAUUGGUGAUUGUCCACACGGAAGACUUGGAGUGCCGGAGGAUAUUGCUCCGGUGGUUGGUUUUUUGGCUGGUGAUGCUUCUGAAUGGGUUAAUGGACAGAUUCUUCGUGUUAAUGGCGGUUUCAUCUGAAUAUUUUUUCGCCGGAGCUUUUUCAUAUCUAUUUGGUUAUGUUGCGGUUUGAUUUGUUUUUGUUAUGAGCUUUAGUUGUUAAAAUUCAUUUAAAAUUCUAAACUAAGACUUGUAUUUAUCAAACCUUUAAAACUUUUUAAUUUGAUUUCAA